GCAGCAGCUCGGAGCUCCGGCUGCAGCCGCUGGAUCGGGUUGCAGGACGCGGAUCGUGAGAGACUGGAGACGGAUCUUCCCGCCCGGAGCCCGUACGGACCCCUGAUCCCCCCCACUGACCCCCCCAUCAGUCCGUCUGACCCCCCCCAACCCGCCUGGAUCUGCGGCGGGUGUGGGUGCGGGUUCCCGCGGAGCGCAGAGCCGCCAUCCCUGCAGGCGGCCCCGCAUGAUGCGCUCUGAGACCCGGCCACGCAGACCCGAGCCCCCCCCGACGAUCUGAGACCCUGAUCGGCCCGGACCCCCCCCCCUAACCCCCCCUAACCCCCCCUAACCCCUCCACCCCCCACCCAGCCCCGUCUCCAUCCAGCAGCGCUGCGCGUAUAGGCGGGGAGGAGGAGGGAGGAGGAGGCGGCGGGGCCAGAGCAUCCCUCCAUCCCUCCAUCCCUCCAUCCCUCCCUCUCUCCUCGCAGCUCCAGCUCCCCGCGCUUCUGCCUCUGCCAGAGCCGUCGGGGGUGUCGUCCAGCCCGGGGGCCCGGAGGGAGGCUGCAGGCUGCAGGGCCGAGGAGGAAGGCGGAGGAUGCUGCGGGACUAGAGCGGCUCUCGGAGCGGCUCUCGCAGCGGAGAGAGAUGGGGAAGGACCAGGAGCUGCUGCAGGCGGUGAAGACCGAGGACCUGCUCACCGUGCAGAAGCUGCUGCAGAGGCCCCGUCCGGGGAAAGCAAAGCUCCUUGGUUCUGCAAAGAAAGUCAACGUUAACUUCCAGGACACAGACGGGUUUUCUCCGCUGCAUCAUGCGGCUCUCAACGGUAACUUGGAGCUCAUCUCCCUGCUGCUGGAGUCGCAGGCUGCUGUGGACAUCAGAGACCAAAAAGGUAUGCGACCCCUGCAUUACGCAGCCUGGCAGGGGAAGGCGGAGCCGAUGAAGAUGCUGCUGAAGUCAGGCUCGUCUGUCAACGGCCAAUCAGACGAGGGACAGAUUCCCCUGCACCUGUCAGCGCAGCACGGACACUACGACGUGUCGGAGAUGCUGCUGCAGCACCAGUCCAACCCGUGUAUCGUGGAUAACGGAGGGAAGACGCCUCUGGAUCUGGCCUGUGAGUUCGGCAGAGUCGGGGUGGUGCAGCUGCUGCUGUCCAGUAACAUGUGUGCCGCCCUGCUGGAGCCUAAGAAGGGCGACACGGCUGACCCCAACGGCACGUCCCCGCUGCACCUCGCCGCCAAGAACGGACACAUAGACAUCAUCAGGCUCCUGAUCCAGUCGGGCAUCGACAUCAACAGGCAGACCAAGGCCGGCACUGCCCUGCAUGAAGCUGCCCUGUGUGGAAAGACCGACGUCGUGAGACUCCUGCUGGACAGCGGUAUCAAUGCCACCGUGAGAAACACCUACAGCCAGACGGCACUUGACAUUGUGUACCAGUUCACGGCAACACAAGCCAGCAAGGAGAUAAAACAACUUCUGAGGGAUGCCUCAGCGGCGCUGCAGGUCCGGGCUCUGAAGGAUUACUGCAACAACUACGACCUGACCAGCCUCAACAUCAAGGCGGGAGACGUCAUCACGGUUUUGGAACAGCACCCAGAUGGACGUUGGAAAGGCUGUAUCCAUGACAACCGAACAGGAAACGAUCGAGUGGGCUACUUCCCCUCCACUCUGGUCGAGGUCAUCAGCAAACGCACAGGUUUGGCCAGCAAAGUAAUUUGCACUCAACAGUUUCAAAAGAUACCGCUGGUUCCGCCGGCGACGGCUGCCCCAGCCAAUGCGGUUGUCAACGGCAACGACACCACGUUUCAUCAGAUCCAUAUCCUGCCUCCACCGCCUCCUCCUCCACCACAUUCCCAUCAGCCACUGCUUCCACUUUUCACUUCCUUUGGCUAUAGCAGGUCGCCCGUGACAACUCCACAGGGAGACACACCCACUAUCCCAGGUUGUCGAGGCUCAGAGGCGAGUCCUCACAGUUCACCCACCACAUCCAGUGGGCCCCAUGGAGGCUCCAACGAAGAAGUUUGGGUUCUGCGCAAGCCUGUGGCAGGUGGCGAUCGCAGCAGCGUGGGUAGUUCUGGAAGCGUGACCAGUGUGAGGUCUUCGGGCAGCGGUCAGAGCGCCGGCAGCGGGCAACACAUUCUCCACGCGCAGGCUGAGGGCGUUAAGCUUCUGGCCACAGUGUUGUCCCAGUCGGCCAAAGCCAAGGAGCACCUGAUGGAGCAGCCCAAGUCCGUGGACCAACCUCCCGGCUCUGGCAGCUCCUCUCGAACGUCCAGCCAAUCGGGCUGUCCACUCCAUGAAGCGCCUCCUUAUGAUGCCAUGGCAACCAGGAAGGGGGACGGACCAUGCGAAGGGAAGAGCUCAGAGGCCGUUGUCCAAUGGCUGAGCGACUUUCAGCUGCAGGUCUACGCUCCAAACUUCCUGGGUGCUGGGUAUGACUUGCCCACCAUUAGCCGAAUGACCCCCGAGGACCUGACAGCGAUUGGAAUAACGAAACCAGGUCACAGAAAAAAGAUGACGACUGAGAUCAACAAGCUGAGUGUCAGCGAGUGGCUGCCGGAGCAGAAACCUGCCAACCUGGGGGAGUGGCUCUCUGCUAUCGGUUUAAGCCAGUACCACCAGGUGUUGGUGCAAAACGGUUAUGAAAACAUCGACUUCAUCACAGACAUCACCUGGGAAGAUCUGCAGGAAAUAGGCAUCACCAAACUAGGUCAUCAGAAGAAAUUGAUGCUGGCUGUUAAGCGGCUCGCUGAAAUGCAGCGUAUUUCUGACGGGCGGGAUGGGUCCCUCAGAAAGAAGCCCCCACCAAUCACACAGCAGCAGGAAGUCAAGUCGAUGGAGAGCCCUCCUCCAGAGGAGGUCAUAUCUCCAAAGAUGAGCACCUUCCAGGACAGCGAGUUGAGCAGAGAGUUACAAAGUGCCAUGACCCAACCAGGUCAGGAGGUCAAGGCUCAGCGAGCUCGCACUCUGAGCAAAGACCAUGACGAAGUCGUGACAGGAGGAGGUGGGCCGCCUAAAAAGGAGGCGCGGACUACAAAGCAGAACAGCCAGGGAAGCACCUCCUCCCACAGAAGCAGCGUCUCCUCACAAGGCAAACACCGCCACCCUCAUUCCCACUCCCAGCCUGCACCUCCCUACACCCCUCCACACACACCCACCAAGAGCAGGACUUCCUCCUCCUCCUCCACCUCCUCUGCUCAGAGCACAGCGUCCCCCCAGUCCAAGCCCAAACACUCUUCCCAGGUGCUCCAGGGUGAGCAAACUCAGGCGCUGCGUCCACAGCCUCCUCAGUCUCCAACCCACCGCGGACCUCCGUGUCAGCUACCCCAGCAGCAACCUCCGGUCCAACAGCACCACCCGCAGCACCACCCGCAGCCACAGGCGACUGAGGUCAGGGAGGGCCAGCAGCCACAGGUCCCACUCCUCUGUCUACCACCUGAGGCUGAACCGGCCGAAACAGACGGAGCAGAGCCCUCGGCUCUCCAGAAGAAACGUGCACACAGCCUCAACCGAUACGCCGUCUCAGAUAGGGAGCGUGAUGGGAGGGCAGGGGAAGGAGAGGCAGGAGGAGGGAACGGGGGAGAAAAAGAGGGAGAGGUGCCAAGGGGACACAGCGCGACUGUUCCCCGAGGGGAACCAGGCAAAUACGCCACCGUGACUCACCGCGUCAGCCGCAGCCACUCCGUUCGCAACCAGGAGAAGAGCGCAACCGUCGUCCGCAAUCAGACCCCGUCCUUUGCUCUGCGUCAGAAGAAAAAGGGUCCACCACCGCCUCCACCCAAACGCUCCAGCUCGGCUAUUUCCAGCUCCAACUCCAACCUGACAGAUGCCAACGCACAACCGCAGACACUGGCCACCACGGGGGGGAUGUUGGAUGUGCCUUACCACCAACAGCGAAGGGCAAGCGACCUCGGGAUGUCAGUGGAGGCGGCUGCCGUGGAGACGGUCAGCAUGGGUAGCGUGAGGAGCAUUGCCGCCAUGCUAGAGAUGUCUUCCAUAGGAGGCGGGGCCAAAGGCAUGGCUCUGCAGAAGAAUUUCCUUCAGGUGGGGAAAACUCGUGAUGCCAUCGGUCUGGAUGGUGAGGUCGUGAACCGCCGUCGGACCAUCAGCGGUCCGGUGACCGAGCUGGUGGCGGCCGCAAAGCGGGACAAGCCAACCCCCUUGUCUUUCCCCCCACCCUCCGCCCAGCCUGCGGCCUCCUCUCCCCCUGUGGUUUCCUCCUCACCUCAGCCCCCGUCCUCAACCCAGCCCAGCUCGGGAGGAAGCAACAGCUCAGCAGAGAACCUGCCGUUUGCAGAGGAAGGAAGUCUCACGAUCCGCCGCCAGGGUCGAGGAGAAGGAGAAGCACAGUGUGUAUUUUGUGUUUGUCUGCAGGGCGACGGCCCGGGUCCCCAGGACGACGGCGGAGACGGCUACGUUCAGGAGGACAAGCUGGAAGCCACAGCGACGUUGAAGCGCCGACCGCACAGUUCCACGCCGCUGCACCCCAACGGCUCCGACUUCAUCCUGCAGGAGUCGUCCACGGUCAAACGCCGCCCCAAGAGCCGGGACAAGGAGCCCGAGGGCUACGCAGAGAUGGCUGCAGCCAACGGGGAGCCCAACACCACGCAGCCGCUCCCCUACCAGAACGGCACGGCCACGGUGAAGCGCCGCCCGGCGUCCGAGGCCGGCGUGACGGAGCAGCACCAGCCUCCACCCCACGCCGCUGUAGCCGCCCGCAGGGACAGCGUGGACCAGGGAGCUCCAGUUCCACAUGAGGGAAGUCCUCUGAGGAAGCCAAAGCCCCCCGUCUCCCCGAAACCCGUCGUGGCACAGAUAAAGCGACACGGAGGACCGCCGACCCCCCAGCAGAGCGUCCACAAUAAGAAGGUCCCGCUGCCGGGCCCCGGGACGCCUGGAAGUCCAGUGGAAGGAAAGAAGAUCCCUCCACCGGUGUCCCCCAAGCCGGCCCCCCCGCCCACGGCGCCCAAACCCUCCAAGCUGCUCCACUCCCUGACCAGCCCGUCGUCCCCGACCCCGCCCCCUGCACCCAUCAAGCAGCACCCUACGGUGGCCCGACAGACCAGCUCGCCCCCCUCCUUCCCGUCCUCCAACACUCCCAGCCCGCCCAACGCCAAGCCCACCAGUCCUUCCCCACCGAGCCCCCACACGCCGCAGACCCCCACCACCCCGCAGACGCCGCAGACGCCCGCCACCCCCACCCCGCCGCCGCCCGUCAAGCCCCCCCGCUCCUCCAUCGGGGGCGUGUCGGUGGACAGUGGGAUCUCAGGAGGAGGGUUCACGCCCCCGCCCACCACCACUACAGACUUUAGCGUGGACUCCUUGGUGCAUCAGAAACUGGAGGAAACGAGCGCAUCGCUGGCGGCGGCUCUGCAGGCGGUGGAGGAGAAGAUUCUGGGGCAGGAAAACUCGGUGGCGGAGCAGAAAACCACGGUGAGCAUCCUGGACGACAUCGGCAGCAUGUUUGACGACCUGGCCGACCAGCUGGACGCCAUGCUGGAGUAACCCCGGCAACCAAUCAGCGUGUCCUCGCGACGACACACGCAUCAGGAAAGACUCAGACGGCACAACGGGCAGCGCGCCUCUCCAUCUCCACGUCUCCAGCUCCUUCUCUCCACCUCCCUCUCUGCCGUGCCCACCGCCCCUCCGCUCUCCACUGCCAUCUGUCCGUCAGCUCGUCGCCGCUCUGCUUCUUCCUCUCAGCGGUUGUCGCUCGGUGCUGAAAACGAUGAGCGGGCAGCGCCUGAGGCCAGAGGCCCGGACAGACACGUGGCAGAGCGGAGCAAUAAAGAAGAAGGGAUGGAGGCACUAAAAAAGAGAGAUGAGAGAGAAAAGGACCAAAUGACUUGUCUGGAGAGAAAAUAGAAAAAAAAAACACAAGAAGGUGAAGAAAUGCGACGAGGUGGAGGAGACUGCAAUCAAACUCCCACAUGGACUCUUUACGCCAACAAGUACUAAUUCUGAUUAAAGCAUCAACUAUUUAAUGAUCAGAGUAUGGUAUGUGUACAUUCUAAGCAUGGAGAGUUUAUAUCUACAGAAAAAGUCCUGCAUUAGCACAGUAAUAUAUGAUAUUCCGAUAAAUAUAAAUCUCUAGCUCUUU